GAAAGCAAAGUAGCCUAUCAAAUGCUAUAUUGCUUUUGCUUUUGCUUAUUCAAAACUACAUUCUUAUGGAUGGCUUCUCCUUUUGUUUUCUUGAUGCUUUUUUCAACUUACAUAGUUGUUGGAUUUGGUUUUCUCUCCCUCUUCUUCUCAUCUCUAGCACUAAUUUUGUCUACUAUUCUCUUAUAUAUAUGGAAACACAAAGCAGUUUCAGUUGAUGAAAGGGAAAAUCUUGCAACAGCAACUCCAAUUCUCAUGAAUGAAUCUAUGAUUGAAGCAAUGGAAAUGAAAGAAGAAAAAGAAGAGGAAGCUAGUGAUAUUGGUGUUGUUGAUAAUUAUGACUCAUAUUCUGACUUAGAUGGUUCAAUUUCAGAUGAAGAAAGUCUCAUUGAAAUUUCACUUCCAAGUGGACACUUAAUGGAUAAACAUAAACAAAAGUUCAACCAACAAAGUUUGAUGGAAUUGUUAGCAGAAUUUAAUGAAAUGUUUGAGGAAGAGAAUUUAAUAGAGAUUGACAUAUCCAUGGGUUCAAUCAAGUGUUCAAGGUUUGAAAUUGAAGCAUAAUGAUACUUUCGAUAGCACUACUUUUUACUUUUUUCAAAAGUUUAAUGUUUGUUAUAUCAAGUUUUUCAUCCACCUUCUUAUAUAUUUGGUUGGAUUUGGUAUGUAAUACA